GAAUUUUUCAAUAAUUCAUUUCAGCGCAACCAAGCGCAGGAGAGAAGAAGAUGAUUCGACAUCGAUACAUGAUGAAGAAGACAGCCGCAGUGGCCUCACAAUGGUCUCGAUUCCAAAAGGAAAAGAGAAAGAUGCCGAAUAUACAGCACCAAAAUCGCAGAAAUUAACCGAUCUGGAUGAGGAAGCGCCUAAGGAAGUUCCAGCUUCUGAGGAAGGGAAUGUAAUCGAGCAAACGCAUUACAUCAUAAUUCCGUCCUAUUCAUCAUGGUUCGACUACAAUGCGAUACAUCAGAUCGAGAAGAGAGGACUGCCAGAAUUCUUUAACGGACGCAAUAAAAGCAAAACACCUGAAGUGUAUUUGGCCUAUCGUAACUUUAUGAUCGAUACGUACCGAUUGAAUCCUUUCGAAUAUCUUUCAUCAACGGCAUGUCGUAGAAAUCUUGGAGGAGACGUUUGCGCCAUUUUGAGGUUUUGCGUUGGCUUCAUCUUUUGCAGAUUCACUUUGCCAUUCCAGGAGCACGAAUGUCGUUCAGCAGCAGUACUCUUUAAAAGCUCGGCCGUACGAAUCGGGUUCGAAGGCCGACACCAAUUUGCAACAGUUGGUGUGUAUUUUUGCUCGUUCAUUCCAAUAAGGUUUCUUUCCAGAGUGCAUUCAUUCUUGGAGCAAUGGGGCUUGAUAAAUUAUCAAGUUGAUGCGGACGCUAGGCCGGCUCCCGUAGCCCCGCCGUGCACAUCGCAUUUCAUGGUUCUUGCGGAUACGCCUAUUGGACUACAGCCAGUUCAACCCCCUCUGCUAUCAUCGCAGGUGUGUUUAAAUUUUAUUUAUCGGAACGACGAUCAUUUGAUUAGAAAUGCAUCGGGCUAUGAUGAAUUGAUGGGAUGUUUUGUGUUUGUGUUGCAGCCAGAUGAAACGAAAAAACUGAAAGAAGAAGAGCCGUCGGCGGGGAAGGAGGAAGGUGGAGGUGAGCAGACCAAGACGACGACGACAACAAAAGUGGAAAAAUUGGGCGAUGCAGGACUUAAGAUGGAUCAGUACGCGAAGCAGUUGUCUGCCAUGAAGACACGUGGUGCAGCACCCGGUCGAGAUUGGACCGAUCAGGAGACAUUGCUGUUGUUGGAAGCACUCGAAAUGUUCAAGGAUGACUGGAAUAAGGUGGCUGAUCACGUUGGAUCACGUACGCAAGAUGAGUGCAUCAUGCGAUUCCUACAGUUACCCAUCCAGGAUCCGUAUUUGGAAGAAGGUGGUGCAGAGGCUGAAAUACUUGGUCCUCUCUCAUAUCAGCCAAUUCCGUUCAGUCAAAGCGGUAAUCCGGUGAUGUCAACGGUUGCAUUCCUGGCCUCGGUUGUUGAUCCGCGCGUUGCUGCAAGCGCCACGAAAGCAGCUAUAGAAGAAUUCGCCAGAAUGAAGGAAGAAGUACCACCGCUCGUGGUUGAGGCACAUACGCGUAACGUUGAGGCAGCAAGCGAAUCAAAGAGUAGUGCGGAAGCGAAUGUUGGUUUGAGUGUAUCCGGUAUUGCGACUGACGACAAAGAGAAGGGUAAAGUGGUUGAGGAAAAGAAAGAAGCGCAAGAUGAAGUGAUGGAUAGCACUGAGAGUGCUGCUGAUACGAAAGGUGGAGCUGAGUCGGCAGCGAGCACUACAGAGAAACCUGACGAGAGCGGCACUGAGAAGGAGAAAGCGCGAUCGGCAAUCAGCGAAAGCAUUCAGUCUGCUGCGGCAGCCGCAUUAGCUGCGGCUGCGGUUAAAGCGAAGCAUUUGGCAACAAUCGAAGAACGACGAAUCAAAUCGUUGGUCGCACAACUAGUGGAAACACAAAUGAAGAAAUUGGAAAUGAAGUUGAGACACUUUGACGAGUUGGAGGCGAUCAUGGAUAAGGAACGAGAAGCGUUAGAAUAUCAACGACAACAACUCAUCCUAGAAAGACAAUCGUUCCAUAUGGAUCAGCUGCGCUAUUUGGAGCAACGAGCCAAACAUGAGGCACACUCGAAACUGGUUACUUCAGGUCAGUUACCUCCAACCCUACCACCAGGUUUCGAAUUGACAGGACCACCUCAACCACAGCAGCAAGUUCAACUUGCCGUUCCACCAACGUCUCUCUCCUCAGGAGUACAACAGACCGUAACUACCGCAACCUCAGGUGCUCCUCCAUCAAGCACAACUGUGCCUGGAAAUGCGGCCGCAGGCAGCGCUGCUACGCCAGUUAAUCAGUCUCAACAACCAUCCACUGGCGUUGAGACGGUUGGAAGCACGAGUGUUGUUCCCGGUGCACCUCUGCAGCAAGCGACAUCAUCUCAGAUGACUGUACAACAGCAGCAACAACCUCAACCGCAGCAGAUGCCACCUGUGCAGACAUCGAUUCCCGUACAACCCACCGCACCACCUCCCGUUGCUGUAGCGUUACCACCCGUCCCACCACCGCAGCAACCUGCACAAGCACCUGUUCCUCAACCGCCUGCACAACAGCAGCAAGCACCAGUCCCCCAGCCCCCUCCACAACAGCAACAAGCCCCACCACCGCAACAACCCCCGCCUCAGCCCUACCCUCCACAACCGCAACAAGCGCCCCCUCCACAGCCGUACCCUCCCCAGCCCGUUUAUGCCCAACAGCAACAACAACAACAACAGCAGUACGUUCAAUACACGCAAAGCGCUACACCGCAACAGUAUGCACAGACAUACCAAGGAGGUCCAGCACAGGCCUAUUAUGGACAGCCGGGUGCUAGGCCACCAUAUCCACAACAAUACGCGCAAAGACCACCAUACCAACAACCUAUGCAGUCGUAUGGUCAGCCGGUACGAGCUGCAGGCUUUCCACCAGGCGCUGGAGGCGCCCCGCCGGGACAACCAUACGGAUACCCGCAAGGUUAUCCUCCUCAAGGAGCGCAGUACGGAGUAGCACCGGGUGGCUAUGCUCCACAUCCGCAACAACAAGCGCCACCUCCACAACCACAGCAAGCCCCUCCACCGACGUCGAUGCCACAGUCAAUGGAUUCGUCAGAUGCGGCAACACCGCCGAUGCAUCAAGGAACACCAUCUGUACAGCAGUGA